UUUCCUAAGUGUAAGCAGACCGAGGCCUCUUGCUCCUGGACAUCGUCCAGUCCAGCUUUACAUUGACGUUCCCCAGCGUUCCUCUGGUUGUCUUCAUGCUGCCUUCCGAGAACUCUGGAACGUUAGGCCCUGAUGUCUUGACAUCUAUGACUGAUAACAAUCUGACGAAGCGAGUCCUAUGGAAGCUGGACAUCUACGUCCUUCCCCCGUUAGCCCUUCUCUGGCUGGCCAAUUUCAUAGACAGAUCAAAUAUCGGGAACGCGAGGAUCGCAGGACUAGAGAAAGACACGCAUCUGCACGGCAAUCAGUUCAACAUUGCAUUGACUGUCUUCUACGCAUCAUACAUCAUUGUCGAACUGCCAUCCAACUGGGUGCUCAAGAAAGUCAAACCAAACCGCUGGCUGCCUGUCCUCAUAUGCACUUGGGGCACAGUCACGACUCUGAGUGGGCUCAUCCAGGACUUCGCCGGGCUAACAGCCGUGCGCGUCGUCCUCGGAUUCUGCGAAGGCGGCCUUUUGCCGGGAAUGGUAUUAUAUCUGAGUACAUUGUAUAAGCGGCAUGAGCUGCAGCUGCGCGUCGGCAUCUUCUACGCUUCGGCUUCCCUCUCAGGCGCCUUCGGAGGUCUUUUGGCAACCGCGAUCCUGAAAAUGGACGGAGUAGCCGGUCUCGCGGGCUGGCGAUGGAUCUUCAUUCUCGAAGGCCUUGCCUCGAUCGCAUGCGGACUCAUCGCAGCUGUCUUCCUCCCCGCUGACAUACAGUCCGCGCGCUUCCUCACAGACGAGGAGAAAGCGUUCGCACUGAACCGGUUUAGACGGUCCGAGGUUACCGCUGCGAGCGCACCCGUCGCGAAGCCCGAACCCGUCGACGAUGUCGAGAAGAAGGGCGUCUUUGACAUAGUCGAGAUGCAUGAAGAGAAGCCGGAGGAUAUACGAGUCUUCCAAGAGGACGAGCAGUUUGAAUGGGGGGAGGUCAUACGAGGCGUGAAGGACAUCCAAGUAUGGCUCACCGCGUUCGCGUACCUCGGCUUGAUAGUCGGGCUAUACUCCUAUUCGUUGUUCUUACCAACUAUCGUCGCGGGACUGGGGUACGAGGGAUACCAAGCCCAACUGCAUACAGUUCCGCCAUACGUUCCUGCAGCGGUUCUCACAGUCGUCGUGGCGUACUUCAGCGACCGGCUGAAAUGGCGCGGCCCCUUCAUCCUCAUCUGCCUCCCAAUGACCAUCAUUGGCUACAUCGUGGCUAUCACCGCGCAGACGAACACGGGGCGCUAUGCGGCAGUGUUCCUAAUGGCAGCGGGCGUAUAUCCGUCGGGCCCAUGCAUAUUGUCGAUCCUCCCGAAUAAUAGCAGUGGGCAUUACAAGAAGGCUACGACCACUGCGCUGCAGCUCGCUGUCGCAAAUACUGGAGGAUUCAUUGCGACCUUCGCAUACACGUCAGACCAAGCACCGCGGUACAUCCGGGGACACAGCAUCGCCCUGGCAUUUGCGUGUCUGGCAUGGGUCCUCGUUGCAGCUAACGUUGCCUAUUGUGCAUUGGAGAACAGAGCGCGCCGCGCGGGGCGGAGGCAGUCGAAUAUAGAUCGCUAUAGAGAGCUUUGGGAGUCGGGGAAGACGCGGGCUCCCAUUGGAGAUCGGCACCCUGAGUUCCUUUUCACUCUAUAGACGUUGUGUUCCCUGGUGUCAGAGUUCAGAUGCGUCGAAACUACUGAAAUUUAGCUAGUCCAAGCCUCCAAAUCGGACAUCGGCAUUGUCUUCCAGCCACUUCAUCCACUUCUUCAGGAAAGAUCCUCCGUGCUGGACUGUAGAAGAAUCCCCGACGACGCACAGGUGUCGUCGUGCUCUAGUCAUUGCAACGUUCAGUCUCCGCUUAUCCUUCAGGAAACCUACCUCCCUCGUCUCGUUACUUCUCACCAGGCUAAUCACAACAGCCUCCUUUUCACGGCCUUGCAUCCCAUCGACCGUCCCAAUCUCGAGUUCAGCGCCGUACGUGGGCCGCAAGAGACUUGUGAGCAGCGUCACCUGCGCUUGAUACGGCGUGAUGACCGCGAUCUGGGAAGGCAAGACGCUAGCACCGAUCAGCUUCUCUACCCAUCGCUUCACCACUUCCGCCUCGUUCUCAUUGCACCUACUACCCUCAUCCCCGUCGCCUUCGAGCCUCUCGAAGUACUCGCACCCCGCCGUGUCGAAAAACACCACGGGCGUGCCCAACACCUCCUUCUCGUCCUCUUCGUUAUCCACGCCUGCGUUGGACAAGUCUUUGAGGAGGUGUGCAGCGACCGACGGGUGCGAGGUCAGUUUCCCCGCGUACAUGACUUUCGACGGGAAUUCGGCGAUCUGCGCGUGCAUUCGGUAUUGUACAUUGAGCAUGCGCUUGAUUCCUGGGCCGUACAUCUUUUC